CGUUCUUGUUCUGGAAGUGAAGCCUCUGCAAUUGCGGAAAGAAUUUUCAUUCAUGUCUGAGUGAGUCCACUCUACUUGGUUAAUAUCCACCAGUGCAAGCAAACAAAAAGAAAACACCAUGUGGCGGGCGGCAAAGACGUCGUACUUGCAGUACGGGAAUGAAAUGGCGGCGCUGUUGCGGCAAUGCGUCAAGGAGCCGCUGCGAACAAAAAUAUUGGAGAAGAAUAGGGUAAGACGGGUUGUUGGAUUUUUGUGUAGUAAGUCACCUUUUGUUUCGUCUCUCUGUACGACCACACAUCUCUGUCUCGAUUAGAGGGUGUGCUGAGACCAACGUAAUUUCUUAUUCUUUUUUUCCACUAAACAGAUUCAUCUCGUCGAGAAGAAGUGGGCAAACGGAGUACAGCAAGGCGGGAAGAAGAUACACAAAGACUUCAAAGCUUUUGACAGCAUAAAGGCUUCAGCAGCAGCCUCGUGAGAGGUAACGAACGAAUUCUUCGCAGCAAGCUGAAAAGUACAGAUUUGGAUUUGCAUUUUCAUCAUCUACAGUCUUCAUUAGCGCAGCGUCAGCUGCAAGUGUCUGCCGGGACCACCAGCAUUAUGGUUGCCGCUUUAU